ACUUUCAACCUAUCUAAUAGAACGUUGUUAAAUAAUAACGUGUGGUUUAGCUAAUUUUUCACGCCGUUGCGAUUAGCAUGCUGCAAUCACGCCUAAUUUUAAUUAACAUCUCUAAAUAUAGCCUAAUCACACCAACAUUGUUCACAAAAACAUAACACAAAUUUAAUUAAUCAAUCUCUUUCUCUCAUUUCAAUUUCUCAUUCAUUCAUCACAGAGAAAAUUUUGAUUAAUUUUUCACAUUAUUACCAUGAAAUCAUUGUUCAACCGUAACCCAUCGUCAUCAGCAACGCCAUCACGAUCAACAUCACUCUCCGUGCAUUCACGCGCUCGUCUCGCGGGUGAACUCGAACAAGUAUUCAAGAAAUUCGACGUCAAUGGCGAUGGCAAGAUCUCUGCCUCCGAGCUCGGAUCCAUCAUGGGAAGCCUAGGUCAGCCAUCAACCGACGAAGAACUCAACAACAUGAUCCGCGAGGUUGACGGCGACGGCGACGGUUGCAUUAGUUUACAAGAAUUCAUUGAAUUGAACACCAAAGGCGUUGAUUCCGAUGAGAUCUUGGAGAAUUUGAAGGACGCGUUUGCUGUUUUUGAUAUGGAUGGGAACGGUUCGAUUACGGCGGAGGAGCUUAAUACGGUAAUGAGAAGCCUUGGGGAAGAAUGCUCGUUGGCGGAGUGCCGGAGAAUGAUCGGCGGCGUUGAUAGCGACGGUGAUGGAACGAUUGAUUUUGAAGAGUUUAGGAUGAUGAUGAUGAUGGGUUCUCGUCAUGAUACGACGGAUAGGGUCAAACCGGAACCUAUGCCUACGGAAUGAAUCAAUUAGUUAUUAUCGGAAAAUCUCUUCUCUUUUUCUUUUUUAUAUAUGCUUUUCUUCUUCGUUGCUAUAAACUUGAUCAUAUGAAAAACUUGCUAAAGUUUCGUGACAGGAUUAUUUUAUCUAAUUUAAAUACUUAUAGUAGAUUCCAUCAUGAAUA